GGAGUUUGAACGUCGGCGUGGCGCUUAGAUUGUAGCGUUCGGUGUACUUCAUUUUAAUGGCAUUCCAAUAUGAAUAUGCAGUUGUAAGCCAAAUACCCAGAUCGUUUGAAGAAUUUUUGAUGUCUCCUGAUGCUAACGUACCAGGAAAAAAGGGUGGAAAAUUCAACUAUGAGGAAGCUUGCAAUGAGAGAGAAAAAUUCGUUGAGGCAUUGAGACAAAAUGGAGUCGAUGUACUUGAAAUGGAAGCGGAUGAACGUCAUCCUGAGUGUGUAAAAGUAGACGACACAGCUGUCAUAGUUAAUGGGACAGCACUGAUGUGUAACCCAUAUCGAUGUCACAGACAAGGAGAAGUCAACCUAAUUCGUCAUACUCUCAAAAAGGAACUGGGAAUUAAAAUAGUUGAGUUGAAUACAGAAAAUGCUCAAGUUGAGGGGAGUGACGUCCUUUUCACAGGUCAGGAAAUUAUUGUGGGCAUUUCCGCCCAUACUAAUGAGGCUGGUGCUCACGCUGUGGCACGUGCAUUCCCAGAAUAUGCAACUUCUAUCGUCAAGUUACCUCAGCCUUUUCGUUCCCUUAAAGAUGCCGUUGGUGUGGCUGGGAUUAAUGUACUGGCAGUGGGCGAAAGUGAAGCAGCUAAACAACUAUUAAAGGAAAUUGGUCGUGUUGCUUCACAUACUUAUAAAGUGAUUACAUUACCAGAGGAUCAUGCUGCUAAUGUUUUAUAUAUCAAUCAUCAUCUAUUGCAUUUAUCAUCACAAAUGAUACCAAAAAGUAUUGGAGUCCUGGAUUCAAAUCUCGCAAGGCGGGAUCGUGGAUGCACACCGCUGAGGAGUCUUACGAUAUGACGAAACGGCCGUUCAGUGCUUCCAGGCUUCCCAUGGUGGUGGUCUAGCUUCAAUUCACUCAUGAUCUCGACCACUGAAAAAUAAUUGGGGUUGUUAUAAUCUGUUUCUUACGGUAUGACCCAGCUAUACCUAUUGCUUAAUAUUCUUGGACACCAAUCACUCGACAAGUCCCCAAAUCAGAACACCGUUGAACAGGAAAGAGAUUAUAUUCCAAAUAACAAGGUUAGAUGGAAGUAAGAAGCAUAAUAGGGAAAAACGUUAGUAUAUUUAUAGUUUUUCACAUGAGAAGAUUCUAGAGUAUUCUCCAACUAUCGACUAGUGCUGAUUGGAUAAGAAUUAGCCAAUCAGCAUGCACCAAAGCAAUCGUGCAUUGAGCAUGCUUUAGUCCAGUUUUAAAAAAUUGUUAAAUAUAUUUUGUUGAGUCGGUUUUCCGAGAACUGCAACGGAGCCUCCAGAGGCCCUAAAGGAGCCGAAGAGUAGUAGCCAAUCAGAGCAUGAUGGAGCUUUCUAGAAUGUCAACGUGGCGUGCUACUAUUAGUCUUUUAGCGGAUUGAUUGGCCAAAAUAUGAUGUUGAUUUAACAAAUGUUAACAUCUAUAAAUACCCGUGUUUUUCUGUACAAGAACGAACCUUUGGAGUGAAGUGUUUUUCGCUUAAUUUGUUCGUUUUCUCUCGAGUUGAGGUCACUGUGUAGUUCUAGCUUACGGGUUACCAGAAUAGCUUAAGAAUCGAAUAAAUCGUUCAAAUUAACAAGACUUAUCAUAUUUAAACUUUUUCAAGUGGAAGUCAAUGAAAACAGAAUGAUGUUGUAUAAUAUAGUUAAGAUUAUAAUAGAACCUCAAGUAUUGAAUAUAAUAUAAACGGAUGAGUGUUAUUUCAGAGUAUUCAAAGUUUUCUAGUAUUCAAUAGAAAAGGGGUUUGUACCUUUUUAUGUGAACGGAAAUAAUGACGUAAUGUUGUUGUUGUUUACAAUAUCCUAUUCUCAAACAGUAGCCUAUACUAAUACAACGACAAAUGUUAGUAGAUUUUUAAAAAUCGAACGUUAUACAACAGCUUCCAAAUAAUAUACAGACAGUAUAAAUGGUAUUCAGUUGGCCCCAGAAAGGCAACACUAAGGAAGUGACAACCGAUAGUUAUACUAGUGAUCAUAGUUUCUAUUUCGGACCCGAUUUUGGCGCGAAAAACAGAUUUUAAAUAUUAAUAUAACUUGUAAUUAAUAUAAUGCAAUCAUGGAUUAAAAUAAGCUAGUAAGGGUUUUAGAAUCGUCGUCUUCGUUUCCUUUCUUGAGAAUUGAACUUAUGUAACUUCGCUGUAAAGAAUUUGUGUAAAUGACUGGUAACGUAUGUUUAUUUGUGUGCAAUUUUUCCAACAUCAAGGGUCAGAUUUAUCCAUCCAAUGUAAGUUUUAUUUGUUUGUCUGUGGUAUAUCUAAUGAAUGAUCCCGUCAUAAAUAACUCAGAACUUGGUUGAUUAGUUGUCGAUGUCAAACAUCACUAAGGAAAAAUAAGAUUAUGAUAUUGACUUUUUACAUAUAGUGUAAUUCGCUUAAUAAUUCCCUAUUUAUGAAUUCGAUUUUGAUUUACUUGUUAUGUUAUGUUGAAAGCUAAUGAACUACUACCCUACGUAGAGCAUAAGGUUGAAUUUGUGACCUUUUAGUUACAAUCCAAGUACCAUAACCACUACUUUCCUCUGUUCUAUACAUAGAACACCGAUUACCACGACGUGCA